UGCUUUCGAACAUCUCAUCUCUGUUGCCAGGUAAGGGCAUUCUGGUAGAUGAGCUUUGGUGAGCCGGUUCAAACAGAAUUCUGGGGGUCCCAAGAGCUUUCGGAUAUGCAAAAGAGGAAAGAGUGAUUGGCCUCGACUUAAGCAUAUCCCUCCCAUUCGCCCCGGUCAAGAACCAGGGUGCACAACACAGUCAUCUCCACUGGAGGGGCGCUAAUGAAGACAGGAUGACAGGCGAGGAAAAGAACUACAACUCCCAGCAUGCAGCGCGCAGCGCGGUUCCGGGAGAGGCCGGCUCUGCACUCAAGCCGGGUCUCUGUCCAGAAUCUGGGCCGACAGCUGCGGGCUGACAAGGUGAGCAGCUCGCACCCGAUGCGAGUGAGCAAGGAGGUGUGAUCCGGAGACCUGGGCAUGCCGGGAAGUCAGGGCUCUGAGACCCAGCUCGCCGGCCCUAGUAGAUUUCUAGCGUCCUAUCGCCGGUGUCCCCAAUGGAUCACACACCCGGACGUGACGCUAUCGCAGAGGAGGAAGGGAGAGGCGGAGCGUCGCGGUGACGUCCUCCCAAGAUGGCGGUGAGAGAGUGAAGAAACUGUUUCCCUUGGGCGGCUACGGAUCAAGGGUGAAAUCCCAUUCUGCUAGCAAAAUGCAGUAUUCACACCACUGUGAGCACCUUUUAGAGAGACUGAAUAAGCAACGGGAAGCAGGAUUUCUUUGCGACUGUACCGUAGUGAUUGGAGAAUUCCAGUUUAAGGCACAUAGGAAUGUGCUUGCCUCCUUUAGUGAGUAUUUUGGGGCGAUCUACAGAAGCACUUCUGAGAACAAUGUUUUUCUUGAUCAGAGUCAGGUGAAGGCUGACGGAUUUCAGAAACUGUUGGAGUUUAUAUAUACAGGAACUUUAAAUCUCGACAGUUGGAAUGUUAAAGAAAUCCAUCAGGCUGCUGACUAUCUCAAAGUAGAAGAGGUAGUAACUAAAUGUAAAAUAAAGAUGGAGGAUUUCGCUUUCAUUGCUAGUCCCUCUUCUACAGAAAUAUCUAGUAUUACUGGAAACAUCGAAUUGAAUCAACAGACCUGCCUGCUUACUCUGCGAGAUUCUAACAGUCGGGAGAAAUCAGAAGUCUCCACAGACCCCGUUCAGGCAGACCCUAAACAACGGGCAUGGACAAAGAAAUCGUCUCAAAGUAAAAAAAAGAAGAAGGCUUUCAGUUCCCAGAAACCAGGGCAGAGCAAAACAGUGCAGUACCCCAGUGAUGUUCUAGAGAGCGCAUCUGUGGAAUUAUUCCUAGAGACGAGUAAGUUGUCCUCACCUGUAGUAGAGCAAAUCAUUCAAGGAAAUGACAAUUCAGAACUUGAGUUGACCUCGGUUGUGGAGAAUACUUUUCCAACACAAGAUAUUGUGCAAACUGUUACAGUCAAACGGAAACGUCGGAAAUCACAGUCGCAUUGUGCCCUGAAAGAACACUCCAUGUCUAACAUAGCCAGUGUAAAGAGUCCAUAUGAGCUGGAGAACGCCGGGGAAGAGCUGGAUCCAAGGUUUUCCAAGGCCAAGCCAAUGUGCAACACUUGCGGGAAGGUGUUUUCGGAAGCCAGCAGCCUUCGAAGGCACAUGAGAAUACACAAAGGAGUCAAGCCCUACGUCUGCCACUUGUGCGGAAAGGCGUUUACCCAGUGCAACCAACUAAAGACGCAUGUGAGGACUCACACAGGGGAAAGGCCAUAUAAAUGUGAACUGUGUGAUAAAGGAUUUGCUCAGAAAUGCCAGCUGGUCUUCCAUAGUCGCAUGCAUCAUGGUGAGGAAAAACCCUAUAAAUGUGAUGUGUGCAAUUUACAGUUUGCAACUUCUAGCAACCUCAAGAUUCAUGCAAGGAAACACAGUGGAGAAAAGCCAUAUGUUUGUGAUAGAUGUGGGCAGAGAUUUGCCCAGGCCAGCACACUGACCUAUCAUGUCCGCAGACACACUGGAGAAAAGCCUUAUGUGUGCGACACGUGCGGAAAGGCAUUUGCCGUCUCUAGCUCUCUUAUCACUCAUUCUCGGAAGCACACAGGUGAAAAACCAUACAUAUGUGGUAUUUGUGGGAAAAGUUUUAUUUCCUCAGGAGAGCUCAACAAACACUUUCGAUCCCAUACAGGAGAACGACCAUUUAUCUGUGAAUUAUGUGGAAAUUCAUACACAGACAUUAAAAACUUAAAGAAGCAUAAAACAAAGGUCCAUUCUGGUACUGAUAAAAAUCCAGAUUGCAGUGUAGAUGACCAUGCUGUAAGUGAACAAGACUCCAUACAGAGAAGUCCUUUGUCAGAAACACUAGAUGUGAAGCCUUCUGAUAUGACUCUACCCUUAGCGCUUCCACUUGGGACUGAAGACCACCAGAUGCUCCUGCCUGUCACAGACAGUCAGUCUCCUACAUCAGACACACUGCUGAGGUCCACUGUGAAUGGAUAUUCGGAACCACAGUUGAUUUUUUUACAACAGUUAUAUUGACUUUGAGGACAUGGACUUGCUAGGCCAUCCUCGGCAGUAGACAUAAAUAUGUCUGGUAAGGUGCAUAUUCUUAUUAACCCCCACUCAUUUGAGCUGUGUGCCCAUUAGUCUUUGUUCACGGAAGUCAAAGCACCUGACACUGCAUCAGUCAGUGCUGGUUUUGGUCUUUGGAUUUUAUUGUAAACAGCCAGCCUGUGAAGGAGCGCUUCCACCGCACCACACUGUUUUGGGUGGGUCGGUUUGAGACACUGUUAAUGCUGCCUUAAUUCCAUCUUCACUUUGCAUUGUAGACUUGUUUGUUCCUUAGGUCGAAUCUGACCUGGGGUUUUUUGUUGUUCUCUCCUUGCUGUUUAAACAAAAUCUACAGUAAUAUCAACUUCAAAGUGUUUCUGUUUGUAAGCCCUGUGGACCAGUAUGGAAACUGUCGGAGGGAUUCAAGUUCAUGUUUAUGUCUAUGAAAAUUUAGAUACUGAGGAAGAAUUGUGCUAUUUAUUAAUAUAUUCCUUUAGAGGUAACUUUUCUAAUGAAGCCAAACAAAGUAUUUCUCUCAAAACCCAGAAAAUGUGUGUAAAUUUGUGUUCAUUUAGAGUGAAUUCAGGAUUCUGGGGAAAACCAGUACUCAGAUCCAUUUUUGUUUGAGUUGAAACUAUAUUUUUUUAAAUAGAUAUUUGGUGUUUUUAAGUGGUCAGAAGACAGUUUUGGAAUUUGAUUCAUUUUAUAUUUUAUUAGAUUUGUAGAUUAUUGGAAGUGAAUAUAUAACAAGUUUUGAAAAUUUUUGAUAAGCCUAUCUUGUAUCAGUUAUGCACUUUUUAAAAUAAAUGUUCUAAAAGGAAUUUUCUAGAUAUAAAAUACAUACUAGAAAUCACUUGGCUUCUAAAUUUGAUGUAUUACUUAGAAAAAAAUCAAGAAACCUGAGUUGCAUGCCUAAGGCAACACACGUACACACAAAUAAAAUUAAUAUCCUAACUUCAAUUAUAAGCUAUACUUUUGGGUUAUCAGUUUGUUUACCAUUUUAUAUUUGAGUUUUCUAUAGACAUGUGUUUUUCAAAUUUAUACAUUAAAACUGCAACUUUUGGUUGUUGGCUAUAGCUUUAUAGUGGUCCUUUCCGUUCCCCUGGGUGUAGAGAAUUCAGCAUCGCCCGUCCUCCAGCCUGCUCCCUCUUCCCCUCUCACUGUUCUGCAUAUCAGUUGAUUUCACUUUGCGUUUUAAGUUCCAGUUUCCCAGUCAGUUCCUGUUGCUGACAAGUCCUGGUGACUGUUUCUCAUCUCUGCCAUCAAUUAGUUAGGUCUCACGUGUUUUCAGGACUGCACUGGAACAGACUCGCAGUGUUCACUGAGACUGUAUUCUUCCAUCAUAAUCCUCCCUUUUUGGGUCCAAGUCAUAGAACUAAGAGGACAUACUAGGACCCUCAGUUCUUGCAAACUGCAGGUGUCUUCCCAUUUCUUAGAGCUAUAGCAUUUUCACAGUAAAUUAUGACCAGCGAGACUAACUUAACUGGAGAGAGUAUGAAAUACCACCUUUGUACAAUAAACUUAUUUUAUUAUUUAGCUAAGAAAUCUGUGUGUAUGUUAAAUGAACAUACUGAGUUGGAAUUAAAUUUGUAAGGUAUAAAAUGUUCAGCUAAUCUUUUCUGGUUAAAGAUCAAUAAAAAUUUACUGGAAUAUAACAAAACUGAAAAAAAUUAAGACUCAACCCUUUUUAACAAGUUUGCCAAAGUGGAGGGGCUAUCUUUAAAUCACAGCUUCAUUAAUCCAAGCAUAUAAUGAACAUUUUUUUUUUUUUAAGUGCUGUAGUUAGGUGGGCGCACACAUACCUAUAAUCACAGCAUUCUGGAAAGUUAAGGCAAGAAGGUUAAACAGGGUUCCAAAAGCUGCUGUCAUGAUGUCUGUGCUAUGUGCAGUCUCCUAGAGUGAAAUGACAGUCUUUUGUUUGUUUAGCACUUCACAGCCCAGACUGGCCUAGGACUUCUGUGCAACCUAAAGCCCUCCACAUCCUCCCCGCAUUCUCCAGGCGUGCAGCACAGCCCCUAACAACACAGCACCAAGCCACACAAUCCCAGACUUGCUAACUAGCAUUUGAAAGCUUCUAAGUUGUUACUUUCAGCAUUAUUUCAUAUAAGUGGAAUCUGAAGUAGGUCAGAUUGUUUUUUUAAUUUGUAUUCCUUGCGUAUCUAAAAUUAUUUUAAAUUGAUAUUGGUUUAGUCAUUUGCUCUUCCAGAGUUAUUUGUGACGAGAGCUCAGAGACUGAAUGUCAUUCUUUUAAUGCUAUGCUGUUACUUACUCUAAUGUGCGCGCACUUUAUGAGAAUCUGGGAGUCAUUCUAACACAGAGAAUCCCUGCGGUAAGUUCUUUACCUACUCUGUUAUGAUGCAGUGUUUUAGCAAAGAUUCUUAAUUAUUUAAGUGUUACAGCAGGUUUUCAAACUCUUUCUUUAAAAUGCUGAAUAUCUUAGAAAGUAUUUUCUAAUUUUGUUUUGUAUUAUUUGACUUUAGAGCUUUUUUAAAAAGGGAAUUGUAAUUAUAUAUUAAAUAAAAUUUGCUGUUAAAUAGUAUUCAUGUUAAAUUCCGUAGGAUCAUUUCAGUGGACAAUUUUAAAGGCUUUUUCAAGAUUGAAGGUCUGUCAAUUCUUUGAAAAAGUAGUUUAUCAUUUCUCUACAUUUUAGUCUUACAGAAAUGGCACAUUUCAAAGCAGUUAAAGUAGGUAAUUAACUCUCUACACUAAUUUUAAAAAUAUCCUAGGCUAAUAGUUGUACUGUCUUUACUUCUGUCAGAUUGGAGUUUAAUAAGAAUAUCCAUGCCUACUGCAGUUUACUGUGCUGAAUCAGAUGUGCUGGGGCAGAUAUUUGAUGGAGAAGCCUCGCAGCUGAUUUCAGCAUGGACCAAACACUGAGAGCUGCCUCCCAAGCACUGCUUGGUGCUCUGUCUUUGAGAAGCACUUAAAAUGAAGUUCUGGAAUAUAAUUUUUUUUUUUAUCAUUUAACCUGGAGAUUUUUAAUCUGUUAUUGGGUUAAAAAUACCACCAAAUAAAAAGAUUAAUUCUGCA